AUGUCAUCGUCUGCUAUCACAUCGACUUCUGAGCUAGUACCUUCCUACCUCAGCAGCUCGAGACGAGUUUCUGCUUUGCCAUCGGAUUGCUCUACCUUUUCAACCUUUUCGUCGCUUAGCGAUCCUUCUAACCCAUCUAAGGAUUCUCUUGGAUCUUCCCAAGCCGGUGAAUACCAGGGCGACAGACUGCUUCGAGAUACGUCCACAGGCUCACCGGCCAAGGACGCACGUUUUCGAAACCAAAGGCAACGGCUUCAAAAGUGGUACUCUGAUUCUUCGAAAUCACCAACCAUUGGGAACAAUGGUAUUAUAAGUAAACCUAAUACCUCUAGACGAAACUCGAGAAGAGAUACUACAAAUUACCGCCGAUCUGCUCGAUCCAAAUUCUCAAGGUCGAGAAUGGGCCCUAAAUCCAAAGCAAGAGAGUUCCGCUCUCUCCUUCGAGAGUUCACAGCCAAAACUACCCUCGCCUCACCGAGCCUAUCAGCCAAAGACCAUUUCCUAUCUUCAAUCAAUACUAGCAAAUACGACCAAAAAUUUAUCGAUAACCUAUGGGAUGCCGCAUCAGAUUGGGCCGAAGAUUUACAUAUCAGAGUAAAGAAAUUCAGGAUCAACAAAGGCGAAUGGAUUUCGACUGUUGGGAUGAACUUGGAUGCAUUCAAAGCUUCCAUUGCCACUCAAUUACUCAGAUCGGACGAUGCAAAGUCUAAGACUCGGCAGAGAACGGUCGAGAGACGAGUGGAAGAGAGCGAUGGUGUGGUAAGAUUCAGAGAUACAGGUAAUGCUUGGAACUUGGACCGAAGGUUUAAGAGGGAUGACGCUUCUCAGUUGCUUUGA